CUCGCGCGGCGGCGGCACGACCCUGGGUCAGACAUGGCCAGCUGGGUGUUCUGUAACCGCUGCUUCCAGCCGCCCCAGGCGACGUCGUGCUUCAGCCUGACCAACUGUGGCCACGUGUACUGUGACGUCUGCCUGCGCAAAGGUAAAAGGGAUGAAUGCUUGAUUUGUAAAGUUGCAUGUCAUACAAUUCUACUUUCAAAACAUACGGACUCCGACAUCCAGGCGCUCUUCAUGGGCAUAGACAGUCUGUGCAGGAAGUAUGCAAAGGAGACCUCCCAGAUCUCAGAAUUUCAAGAAAAGCACAGGAGGAGACUGUUAGCCUUCUAUGGAGAAAAGAUUUCUCAGUUGGAGGAGUCCCUCAGGAAGUCGACGCUGCGGGUGGAACAGCUGCAGAGGGUGAGGUCGUCACAAGCAGUUUUCAGCACAGUAAAAACUCCAGCUUCAACGCCUUCAGCAAGGCCAAACGGACCUCUGUUCCAGUCCCGUGACUCAUCAGCCUCUGAAAGGGUCGAGUCCAUGGAAGUUGACCUCACACCCUCUCCAAGGAGAAAGCCUGAGGUCACCGCUGGCCCACUGAGGAUCUCCCUGCUCAGCCCACCUCGGGAUGGACGCAUGGGCAGCAUCGCCCAUCGCCCUCAGCACCUUGGCCUGAUGCCCCGAUGCGCCAGCGAGCCCCAGGCGCUCAGGAUCCCGGCCCUGCAGAUGCCCUGUGAGUGGCCAAGGCAGAGCCCGGCACCCGCGGCGGGCAGAGGAGCAGCGCCCAGGCAGCCCAUCAGCAUCUCGGGGCUGAUGCAGAGGCAUCAGGGCCUGCCAGCCUUGGGGGACUUGUGCACAAUGUCUCAGAAUCUCAUGCCUUCUGAUGGAACUUCACAGCUUACAAGGUUUCUGCAAGUUUAUGACCACAUUAAGAUUACUCUUCUGAACAGUGUUGUGAGAGAGGGCUUGCUGGGUCCAUUUCACAGGAAGCAGCUUUUCUUCACCGUGGAGUUAGAAGGACUCAUUUUAAAUCUGAGAUGUGAUUGGUUAGAGUUUAAGCCUUUGAAUUAUCUGCAAUCAGCCAUGAAAGCCCUGAGAGAAGAAAGCAGCAUCUUUGUGAAGACAGACUUGCACUGGGACCAAAGUCCACAGGGGAAACAGAAAGGAGUAGGAAGAAGGUGUCUGAUGGAGACCUUCUGGUCCAAGGAGACCAGAAACCCAGCCAGUGCUAGGACAGACAUCAUUUUCUUUGACACUGUUGACUCAAGAAGGCCUGGUGUCACACUCCAGCUCUUUAGAGAUGUCAGUGACUCUCUCAGGGAUCAUGUGAAAAGGCAGAUUGUGACUCAGGGGCUCGGGGGAGGCCUGAGGUUCUGCAUCUCCAGCAAGCACUGGGGCAGUGCUAAAGCUACUGGUGUGCGACCACACCUGGAGUAA